AUGCGCUCAUCCUUCCGCCGUCUAGCCGCAGACCACGCUGCAUUGCACGAGGAACUCCCUCCAAACUACCUCUUCCCUACCGAAGAAUCAUCCGAUGAUCUGACCCAACUCACCACCCUGCUGGCUGGUCCACAGGGCACACCGUACUCCCAGGGUCUGUGGCGAUUACACUUGAAGAUGCCAGAGGAUUACCCGAAGAGUCCGCCCAAGGCGACAUUCAAGACCCGGAUAUGGCAUCCGAACGUGGAGGAGUCGACUGGCGCAGUGUGCGUGGACACGCUAAAGAGGGAUUGGAAGUCGACGUUGACGUUGAAAGACGUCCUAGUUACCAUCUCCUGCCUCCUCAUCUACCCUAACCCCGACUCCGCGCUGAAUUCCACGGCCGGCGCUCUCCUGCAAGAAGACUACGAUGCGUUCGCGCGCCAGGCGAAGCUCAUGACAUCGAUCCACGCCCCCGUACCACCAGAUCUGAAAACCGCAGUUGUAGAGGCGAAAUCUAGGGGCGAGGAGGCCGGAACACUCGUCCCAGAGCACGAGGGUACCCGCUGUCUGCAAUCACGCACAGGAACAAGGGUGCAGUCCUUGACGAUGAAAACGAAGAAGCCCAGUGUGACACCGCAGCCAUCGACCCAAACCAGCGCCGACGCCCACGACAACAACCCAGAAUCGGAUGAUGAAAGCGAAAACGACGGCGAAACCACCCGCCCCUCCACCUCCAAAGAAAACGACCCAUCACUCUCCCCCUCGCCCGUGAAACUCGCCCUUCCCAGCCCCCGCAAAAACACCCACGGCAAACGACCUCUCUCCGACCUCACCAUGUCCCUAGAUCCAGACCCAGAGGAACCCCAUCUCACACCCGCACGAACAACAGACAAGGCACAAAUGACCACUUCAGAAAAGAACAUCGCCGCCAACCACGCCCCGCACCGCGACUCCUCCUCACAACCGCAAUCGCAGCGAAAAUCCCCCAAGCUCUCCCUCCUCGACAAAGGCCUCAACGCCUCAGCCCGGAUUCGCGAUGACGUGAUCAUCAUCUUCGAAGAUGCCUCGGAGCCUUCGGACCUGCAGUCCCAUCACAGCAACGACAGCAAGGAGAAUCAUGCUGCGCUCAAUGCCUCCAAGGAGAUGGGCCCGUCCGCACGGAAGAGUCCUCACUACCCUUCGUCUCUUCUCGCCCCUUCCAAGGCGAUUACUUGUCCGUCGGGCUCCAAGUCCCGGGCGGUGUCUGGCUCGCGGAAGGUCUCAUCCUCGAGCAUGAAGGCGAAGCCUCGGAUUGGGAUCCGCAGGUUAUAG